UAUAGCUUUGCAUGCUCUCUCUCUCUCUCUCUCUAUAUCUAUACCACCUUGUUUGCUCAUUAGCUUUUGUCAUCAGGUUCUUGGAUUCAUUAUAAUUAGGCCAACGGCUCCAUGCUCAAUCCAAACUUGUUUUGUUUAUAUUUGCUUCUGUUCAUGAGCUUUUGCAUCGCCCCACUGAGCGGUCAUAAUGCGACUGCUGUAAAGGCUCAUGUUGGAAUCAUUCUUGAUUUUGACACGACUGUGGGGAAGAUAACCAAGACGUGUUUGUCUAUGGCACUCGAAGAUUUUUAUGCCAAACGCAAUCACAGCACAAUGAUUGUGCCUCACUUCAGGGAUUCCUAUAGUGAUGUUGUUGGUGCAGCUUCUGCUGCCAUAGAUCUGCUUAAAAACGUCCCAGUAAUGGCGAUCGUCGGGCCUCAAAAAUCCAUUCAAGCAGACUUUGUGAUAGAUAUUGGUGACAAAGUGAGAGUUCCAAUAAUUUCUCAAGCAACAAGUCCAGCUCUAUCGCCCAAAGAAUCACCUUACUUCAUUAGAUCAGCACAGUGCUCCUCUUAUCAGGCUGAAGCAAUUGCAGCAAUUGUGAAGGCCUUUGGUUGGAGACAAGUAGUCUUUAUCUAUGAGGACACCAAUUAUGGAAGUGGAUUAGUACCAUUCCUGACUGAGGGCCUGCUGCAAGACGAUGCUUUAAUCUCGUACCAAAGUAUUAUCUCUCCUUCUGCCACAAAUGAUCAGAUUCUUCAGGAACUCUACAAGUUAAUGACCAUGGGCACAAGAGUCUUUGUCGUGCAUAUGUUACCGUCUCUUGCUUCUCGUUUCUUUAAAAUGGCAAAAGCAGCUGAGAUGAUGAGCAAGGGAUACACAUGGGUUAUUGCUGAUGCACUAACGAGUCUCCUGGAUUCUGUGGAUUCAGAAACUAUUGAAGCAAUGCAAGGUGUAAUCGGCGUGAAGGCUUACAUUCCAAGAUCUAAUGAAUAUGAUAACUUCACUAGAAGAUGGAGAAAGAGGUUUCACAAGGAGAAUCCGGAGAUGGAUAGAACCGAACUUAAUGUUUUUGGGCUGUGGGCAUAUGACAGCAUAACAGCUUUAGCACUGGCAAUCGAACGAAGUGGUAUGACGUCCCCACAAUUCAAGAAAUUUGACAUAACCACGAACCAAGUGGUUAACGGAGGAAAUUUGACAGAUUUGGGAGCAAUUGGGAUUUCAAGUACCGGGCCAUCACUUGUUCCAUUGAUCAGAAACUUUAGGUCAAAAGGGUUGAGUGGUGAUUUCAGUAUUGUUGAUGGUCAGUUACUGCCAUCUGCAUUUCGGAUAGUGAAUGUAAUUGGCAAAGGAGACAACACAGUUGGGUUCUGGACAAAAACAUAUGGGAUUUCAGGGAAACUGAAACCAAACGAUCACAAGAUUGUUUACUCAACAAACAAGGACCACCUUGGGGCCAUCGUAUGGCCAGGCCAGACAACCAUUGUGCCUAAAGGCUGGGAAAUGCCUACAAGUGGGAAAAAGUUAAGGGUGGGAGUUCCUAUAAAGAGUGGAUUUACUGAAUUUGUCAAAAUUGAACGGGAUGCUGAACCUACUGGUUUCUGCAUUGAUGUGUUCAAAGAAGUCAUGCAGUCAUUGCCAUAUGCUGUCCAAUAUGAGUUCAUAGCUUUGGGGCCCCCUGAUGGCCAAGGCACAGCAGAAUAUAAUGAUCUUGUUUAUCAGAUAUUCCUUGGGGAGAUCGAUGCAGUUGUGGGCGAUAUCGCUAUUCUAGCUAACAGAUCAAGGUUUUUUCAGCCGUUGUGCCAAUCAAGGAUAAUGAGAGGAAAAAUGCUUGGAUAUUCAUGAAACCUCUGACAACGGACCUCUGGUUAACUAUUGGAACAUUUUUCGUCUUCACUGGAUUCGUGGUUUGGGUUCUUGAGCAUCGCGUCAACAAAGAAUUCCGAGGUCCACUGCUCCAGCAAGUUGGAAUGAUUUUCUGGUUCUCUUUCUCAACAAUUGUUUUUGCUCAUAAGGAGAAAGUGAUUAGCAACCUGACAAGAUUCGUGGUGAUUGUAUGGUUUUGUGUGGUGCUCGUCCUGACAUCAAGUUACACGGCAAACUUGACAUCGAUGUUAACAAUACAGCAGCUACAUCCCACAAUCACUGAUCUCCGUGAUCUGAGUAAAAAUGGAGAUUUUGUUGGAUACCAGGUUGGAUCAUAUGUUAGAGGAUUCUUGCAGAGUAUGAAUUUCGAGGACUCCAAGUUAAGAAGUUAUAGCACAUUAGAAGAUUAUGAUGAUGCUCUUUCCAGAGGCAGCAGAAAUGGAGGUGUAGCUGCAAUUGUUGAUGAACUCCCGUAUCUCAGGCUCUUUCUUGACAAGUACAGCCACAAGUACACCAUGGUUGGUCCUACCAAUAAGACAGCUGGUUUCGGAUUUGCAUUCCGAAGGGGGUCACCCCUAGUCCCUGAUGUUUCCAGAGCAAUUUUAGAUUUUAGAGAGGGGGGAAACUUGAUGAGAAUUUCAAACAAAUGGCUUGGAGAAGAAGGGUGCCGCGAUAGUGAUGCAACUGGGAAGACCUCUAAGAGCCUCACGCUCGACAGUUUCAAGGGCCUUUUUUUAAUUUCUUUGCUAUCAUCAUCUUCGGCUCUAGCCAUAUUCUUGUCCAUUUUCUUUUAUGAGAAUCGGGUUUUAUUGGCCUCCGAUGCUUCGAUCAAGCAAAAGAUCUAUGCACUUGCUAGAGUUUUUGAUGAGGAAAAGGAUAUAUUAUCAUCGAAGGCAUCAAGAACUCCGAGAGGAAUACCCGCCGCACAAAGUCCAGCAAUCAGCAUUUCAUAUCAACAUGAAGAGGUGUUUUCCCAAGAUGAAGGGUUCUCCAUAACAGAACCAGGAACGCCUAUCCAUCAUGCCACAGCAAGCUAACUGAAAAACACAUCAAUCUCUCGUUUCCUUGUAUAGGAAUGAUUGUAUCGCUUUCAACUGUGCAUUCACCAACUUAAGCUAUAUAUAUAGUUUAGCAACAUAACAAAUAAACUCAUUAGCGAACAUACAUUAGGUAUCAUACACGUCCUUGGUGUUUGACUUAGCUUAUUUCAUUGUAAAACAUUCAUCCCAAAGUUCAAUAAGAAAGUUGCUGUAUGUUGAUUUACAUACAUAGGCAAUACCUUCCGCAGGAUUAUCAAACAAGUAACUUCUAGAUAUUAUAAGACAAAGAACAGGCAAAUUCUAGUUAAUCUGCACUAAAACAUGUCAUCCACAUAUACACACUCAACAUGCUCCCCCAACCGGAGAACAGAAAGAAUUUCUAGCCUUCCAAGAAAUCAAAUACAGAGCUAAAACUUCUUCUAUGGGGAUAGAGAAAAAAGAGAAAAAAAAAAAAAA